AUGAGCGACACCCGCCCAUCCGCAUCAAAUCAGAAUAUUGAUGAAGGGGUUGAAGAACCAAGCAACGCAGUUGGAGAAGAUCGAGAGAUCGCGAGUGAUGACGAUAGCGAAGAAGAUUCAUCCGACACGAGCGAUUAUGAUAGGGAAGAAGAUUCAGACACCACGUAUAAUGACGAUGAUACAGAAAAGAAGCCGGAAGUGGGUAAAGGGCAAAAGAAAGCAGGGAAAGGUGAGCCAUUGUGGAAGACUUCCGUAGAAUAUUAUGGCCCAUACUUCCCGCCAGAUUAUGAGCUCUUACCCGAUGGAGUUCAUUUCUAUUACGACAAUGAGAGGAUGAAGUUGGCACCGGAGACUGAAGAGAUGGCCACAUUGUAUGCAAAAAGGUUGGAUAAGUUAAAGGUUAUAAAUAGGGAAACGCGGGAAAUUUUUGACAAAAAUUUCCUCAAGGACUGGCAAAAUACGAUGACAGAAUCGGAGAAGGAAAGAAUAACUGAUUUGUCCAAGUGUUGUUUUGGACCAAUACGUUAUCACUUGCGAGAAAAAGUAGACGAGAAGAAGUCAAUAUCUAAGGAAGAUGAGGCGAAGUUCGGGUACUGCACCAUCGACGGAGAGAGACAGCAGCUUUGGAACUGGAAAAUCAAGGAACCUCAAUGUUGCCUCCGAAUUCGAUCGAAAAACAAUGAAAACAUUGGAAAGAUAAUGAAGCGGGUGAAGCCCGAGGACGUCACCAUAAAUUGUUCAUCCGAAUGCGAUCAGGCGAAUAAUUUCAACGAGAAAGGGUUCAAGAUCAUUAAUCAGCCGACGACGAGAUACCUGGCGAAGUGGAGAAAUAAUGUAACCGGGAAAUUUGAUGGGAAUUACAUAAGGUUGCAUCCGUCUGUCGAAGGUCGAAAAAAAUUUGGCUGCGCAGUAGAACUUUCGAAGAAUAUCGAGAAAGUUCGGCAACAGUAUCGGAGCGAUUUGGAUAGCAGUGUUUUAGAUGAACAACAGAGAGGUGUCAUUUUGUACAUACUUGACAAAUUUUCAUUUAGGGCUGGUACUGAGGAAUCCAGCAAUCAGGAAGACUCAACAGGUGUUUGCACGUUAAAAAAAAGCCACAUUACUCUCAGCAACAGAGAGGGAAAGUUUUUCGUGUUUUUUGAUUUUAUAGGUAAGUCCGGCAUUACAUACAAUAAAGAACAUCCAGUGGAAGAAAAGGUGUUCCAGAUUUUGCAAGAAUUGAAAGAAAACGGUGAAUCGGAAGAUCUCUUUCCUAGGAUGACUUCGAAGAAAGUGAACGAUCGUUUGAAAGAAAUAUUCCCGGAUCUCACUAUAAAGGUCUUCAGAACGUACAACGCGUCGCUAAAGAUGCAGGAAGAGCUCGAGAAGGCAACCAAGAAUUUAAACAAGGGAAACGCAUUAGUACUGUAUAAAAAAGCGUUGUGUGAAGUAACUAAAUAUUUAAACCAUCAAAAAGCUGAUGGAAGCCACAAGAAAAAAGAGGUGGGUGAUGGGGUGGAAAUUAUGACCGCUAUGCCAAAUAAUAACGACAAGACUCCGCCGAAGUGCAAGAAAAACAAGGUCCCGGAAGAAGAAUCUGAGAAGAUCUACAAACACCUGAAAACCGCCGGAGGUAUUCAAUGGGCAAAAGUCGACGUUGAUAAAAAUUCGAGCACAGAAUUGUACUAUUCGUAA